AUUGGAGCCAGGUAGGAUCCAGCAAUACAGAUUACCGACGGUUCGGAUUUUCUUGUUGGAAAAACAUCAUCAUCACUAAUCUCCUCGAACCUUCUUGCCUUUGGUACUAACCAUUCUCUCUUCCUCCGAUCGCCUCAAUCAAUCCUUUCGCCUGUUCAUCCAUUGGGUUUUUCGCUCUUUCGAUCAAUAAAUCUAUCGCAUCCAACAAGACGCGUUUUCUAGUGUGGUUAUGGCUAGUGGGAUUGGAGAAGCGACGAGUAGGGGGGUGCCCCAGAGCUCUUCUUCCUCUAAUGGAAGUGAUACUGGGGAUUUUGAGUGCAAUAUUUGCUUUGACUUAGCACAAGACCCUAUUGUUACACUCUGUGGGCACCUAUUCUGCUGGCCUUGCCUUUACAGAUGGCUUCAUAUUCACUCACGCUCUAGUGAAUGCCCUGUAUGCAAGGCUCUUGUUGAGGAGGAGAAGUUGGUUCCUUUGUAUGGUCGAGGAAAGGACUCGACAGAUCCUAGGUCCAAGUCGAUUCCCGGGAUGGAAAUCCCGCAUCGCCCUACGGGGCAGAGGCCCGAAACUGCUCCUCCGCCACAGGCAAAUGCGUUUCCACAGCAUGAUUUUGGAUUUGCGAAUGGGUUAGGGGGGUUUGCCCCGGCUGGAGUUGCAAGGAUGGGGAACUUUGCCCUCUCUGCUGCUUUUGGUGGUCUCAUUCCAUCGUUGUUCGGGAACUUUGCACUCUCCGCUGCAUUUGGGGGUCUAAUGCCGUCUUUCAACAUUCAAGUGAAUGGUUUCCCCGAUGCCACCAUGUAUGGAGCAGCUUCUGGUCAUCCAUACGGAUAUCCAAAUCCAUUUCACGGUGUUCACGCUCAUGGUGUCCACUCUCAUAGAUUCUCUCACCGCUCAAUUCAGCAACAGCAGGCUGAUACUGCCCUGAAGGUGCUGUGUUUGGUAAUCGGUUUCUUUGUGCUCCUUGCUCUAAUUUGGAAUUAAGGUGAAUUUGCCUUUGGAGAUUGAAUUUCUGACACCCUAUUUAGUAUUAUUACCACAUUUAUCGUCUGUAUAUCAGUUAGUCAGUCAUUUAUGUCUCUCUUGGUUGAAAAAAUUGUCCAUAUAUGAUACAUGGGGUUGGAAGUUUGUAGGCUGCCUUUACCACAACCUUUGUAAUUUAAAUUAUCUCUCGAGCUUCAAUUUUAUCCUCAUCUUGCUCAAUUGCCACCUUGCA